AUGUCAAGUCAACACAGCACAGACAGCGGCUCCUCAUCUUCUCCUGAGAUUUUACUCUGCAAAAAAAGGUACGUGGUUUGUAACUGAAUGAUUUUAAUUAGCAUUUAAGGGUUAGAAAUACAUCAAUAAUCUGGUGACACUAUGCAUGUCAAAAUAUGUUAGGAUAUUUUAAAUAAUUUUGAAUUAUUUUAAAGCAGAGGAAUUUAUUUUAUCAGAACAGUGGGAUCUGAAUUUGCAUUUCAGUGUCAUUAAUAUACGCUGUGACCCAAUUUUUGUGUAAAAAGAAGCAACAUUUACCUUUGUUACUAAAAAUAAUAAUUAUUUUUUAUUUUUUUAACAGCAUAUAUUUUUAUAAAACAUGUAUCUUAUGGCAAAAAUACCUCUGAUUUUGUUUCAUCAAGCUGUAAGUUAUGUGAGAAAAAAGGGAACAUCAUGAUAAGAGUAAGAAAAAAUGUGUAGGUUUAUGUAAUCUGUAUUUAGACCAAUACUGCACUUCUUUUUUCCACUUUUUGAGGCCAAGAUUUUCUAUUGUCAAAGAUUAUUUGUUUAUUAAUAAUGUAGACAGUGGUUAUUUUUUGUCUAAGGGUCUAAUUGUGUUUGUUCCUCUGUAUUUUUAAACAGAACAAUGAAGUACAGCUCAGUUCUGCUCCUGCACCUCCUCCUGGGAACAUGCGCAGCUUACAAUUACCGUGAGUUUCAUGUGCUUUCGUAUCUCUAUUAUCAAACAUCCGAUUUCUCUGCAUCUUAUUAUACAUUUAGAGCUUUUUUGGCAUUUAAAGAAAAACACACCAAGCCCAGCACAUGUUGUCCAAACUUUAGAGAGUCAUCAUACCUGGGUAUUUUUAGAUUUUUCUCCACCAAGAAUAAGCUUCAGAUUCAGGAUAUAACAGUGUCAUCAGCAUAGAAAUCUAAAGGCAGCAUUUGUUCUCAUGAAUAGUAAACAAAAAGGGGCCUAAAACAGAACCCUGUGGCUCACCUUAAUGUUCAGUUCUAAUAUCAGAGCAUCGACCAUCAUAGACCCGCACUGGUCAGUAAAAUAGGCUAAAACUGGGUCAUAAUGGGUCCACUGAGGACAUGAUGCCUCUCAUGUCGACUCCUACAUUCAUUAUUAGUAUAUAAAACCAUCUUUUAGUUAAAAAGUCUCUGAGUCAACUUAUAAGACUCAGAACAAUGUUGUGGAUGCCCUAGUUUAUUUGCUGUAAUGAGAGUUUGGAUACAGUUAAAAGCUGGAGAAAAAUCAAUAAGUAGUAAUUGGGCAAUUUUUUUCUGCUCCCUCAAGGUGAGUAAAAAAGGUCUAAGUUAGCUUGCACAGUGUUCAUGAAAGCAUCCUUUAUAACUUUCUGAAAUGAAAGUACACUACUAACACACGUUUGGAUGUACACUUACAGUAAAAUGUUUACAUUACAGAAAACGUGGCCUUGCGUGGAAAAGCGACCCAGUCAACCCGACUGGUAAACAUCUUGGCAUCUGCCAGCAAUGCCAUCGAUGGAAACCGUGACAACGACUAUAACCAUGGAUCGUGCACCCACACUUUAGCUCAGGUCAACCCCUGGUGGAGGGUGGACCUGCUGGACCACUACAUCAUCACCUCCAUAGUCGUCACCAACAGAGGAGACUGCUGUCCCGAGAGGAUCAACGGGGCUCAGAUUCAUGUCGGAAACUCUCUACGAGACAAUGGAGUCGCAAACCCACUGUGAGUGAAGAAUUGGACCUUUUUAUUAGUGGCAUCACAGAGAAGCAGAACCUGAUCGGUUCUCUCAUUGAAUAAUGUUUGUAGGUGGCAAAGAAUAAGAAAAUAUAAAUAACCAUAUUUUCCAAGCGGGGAAAUUUUAGUAUAUCGCUAUAUGGCAAAGCUUUUGCCUUAACCACACUCUUGUCUGUUUCCCUGAAAAAUGAUUCCCGCUCUCUUCUCCUUCUUUCAGGGUGGGAGUGAUUCCCCAAAUCCAAGCAGGCAGGUCUUUAAACAUCACUUUCACCAGACUUGUGGAGGGACGUUACGUGACUAUCACUCUCACUGGUGCAGGAAAGGUCCUCUCGCUCUGUGAAGUCGAAGUGUACGGGUAUCCUGCCCCUACAGGUAAGGAUGUGAAAAACACAGGUGCACAUAACCUUGCACAUUUCUCCUAGCUGCUACAAAAAGCACAAUGAAAAACUGUCACUAAGCUGACGUUUGCAACGUUUCUUUCAUGCAGGGGAGAAUUUGGCGCUCCAGGGACAAGCUUCCCAGUCUUCUCUUCAUUCUGUUGGCUUUGCAUAUCACGCCAUUGACGGGAAUAAAGCGAGCAUCUGGGGCCAGGCCUCCUGUUCUCACACAGUUAACGAGCUCAACCCCUGGUGGAGACUGGACCUGAGAAGAACCCAUAGAGUGUUUUCUGUCAACAUAACCAACUACUGGAACACUGCCACAUGGAUUAACGGAGCUGAGAUCCGGAUCGGGGAUUCCUUAGACAACAAUGGAAACAACAACCCCAGGUAAUUUAGUAUGAGACACAAACUUUAAGAGCUUCUUCAUCAAAACGGCUCUUCAUAGACCUCACGGUGAACUGUCUUCUUUCAGGUGUGCUGUGAUCAGUUCCAUCGCCGCAGGUUUCACUGAAAACUUCAACUGUAACGGGAUGGACGGCCGCUACGUUAACGUAGUUAUUCCUGGAAGAACGUCGUACCUGGCUCUGUGUGAGGUGGAGGUCUACGGCUCCAGACUGGAUUAGGUCAUUUUAUACAUUUUAUACUGCAGCCAUGUGCUCUUUUAAUAACUUUAAUUCCUAGUUCGUCAUCAUCAGAGAGAGCAACAACAGUUUGAUAACUCAAACAGUCCCUGCUUCUACCACAAGGGGGCAGAAAAACUCAGAGAAGCAGUCAUCUGGACUUGGUUUAUGUCCAUCUCCUUUACUCUGCUGUGCUUGAAUCGCACCUGAAACUUAUAUUUUAAUCAUAUAGUCAUCUUUAGAGACAUCAACAGCUGUUAAAGCUGCAUUUAGACAAUAUUUGAACACCAGAAAAAAAAAUCCUAAAAGCAGCCACUCUGAGAUGUUUAGUAGAUGUUAACCAAUCUUAUUUUACGCUCUGAUUAUGUGUUUAGGACAUCUCAAAUCUUAUCUUGGCUACUUUAAGUUUUGCAUUUGUUCGACUGAAGUUUCUUCCCUACAAUCUCAUGUUUUGGCCACCAGGGGGCAGAAAGACGUUUGAGGUUCUUCGCUUCUUUCUUUACAGCCACAGUCAGACAAUUUUGGCCACUAGGGAGCAAAAAACAUUGAGUUUUUUUUUUAUUAUCUUUCAUAGUUGUUAGCCUUCGUUUCUAAAUAUGUUUCUAUGAUAAUGUUUCCUGAUUAUAGCAUUUCUUGUAAUUAUUAGGGAAUAUAUUGACUUUUGUGUUCAUGUCCUCGAGGUCAUGUGCAUUCAUGUGGUUUUAUAUAAUUUAGCACUUUCUGUCAUUUUCAGAGACAUCUUUGAAUUUUUCAUUCCACAUCAAACAGCUUGUAAAUAAAAAUAAAGCUUGUGCUGUUGGAUGGUAAUCUUU